UUUGAGACCAAAGCAAGUUUACCAGUCACGCUUUCAACUGGGGCGGGGAAAGGUGUAUGUGAAACAGACUCUUUUUAAAACAAUAAUUACACAACAAAAAGAAAACGAGUAAAGCGUAAAUACUGGAAAUUACGAGGAAGUGGUUCACUACAUAGAGGUUGAUAAAUACGGAUAUUGCUUCAAUCAGACAAAAAUUUGCGUGUGAAAAUGCGUGUGUUGGGUGUGGUGACAGUUAUUUUGGCAUUGUGUCAGGACCGUGCGUGGGGCAGGAAGGGGAGCAAGAACGUAUACGAGGAACGGACCGCCAUGAGCAGCCUCGGCCUGGUGGUGGCGAGGGAGAUCCUACAACGCAUGGAGGAGACGCCCAUGCUAGCACGCCUGGCCAGGGACUCCAUGACAUUACAGGCGUCGGCUCUGGCUAGGGACUCGCUCAAGCUCGGCCUUAUGGCUUACAUGGGCUACCAGGGCGAGGACCAGUGCCUGGAGAGGACAGCCUGUGAAGCUGGCGAACUCCUCAGCACCUUCACCACGGGCGCCGCCUUCAUGUUCACUGCCCUGGACUACGUAGCCCCCUUCCCCCUUCGCCGGUACCUCAGCGUGGCCAGGGACGCAGCAGAGGGGCAUAGUUGCCUCUAUUACAGAUGCGGCGCUCGACCCUACCGGGAGCUAGGAGUCACCGAGACGAAUGAGCUGGAAUAGGACCUCGUUCUUCCCAUCACUGCAGCUCGCAAACAGUGCACCAGAACUAACGAGUUUUGCUACCAGAACCUAAGCUAGUUCCUCUGCAGUGCUAACCAGAACCUAAGCUUAGUUCCUCGGCAGUGCUAACCAGAACCUAAGCUUAGUUCCUCUGCAGUGCUAACCAGAACCUAAGCUUAGUUCCUCUGCAGUGCUAACCAGAACCUAAGCUUAGUUCCUCGGCAGUGCUAACCAGAACCUAAGCUUAGUUCCUCGGCAGUGCUAACCAGAACCUAAGCUUAGUUCCUCUGCAGUGCUAACCGGAACCACUCAGUGUCUCGGCAGUGUUACCAGAACCGUCUUAGCUCCUCUGCAGUGCUAUUAGAACCACCCUUUAGUGCUAUCAGAACCUCCCAAUACAUCGGGAGUGCUACCAGAACCGCCUAAUGUCUCUGCAGUGCUACCAAAGCCGUCUUAUGUCGCUGCAGCGUUACCAGGACCGCAUAGCUCCUCUGCAGUCCCGCCUGAACCACCUAGAAUGUCUCCAGUACACUCAGAACCACCCCAGUGCCCUUACUGAACUUCCUGCCACGUUAAAACCCUUCUUGAAACACUUCCACUAUCAAAUGCUACUUCUGUUACGUCACGUGACUAUCUGUGCUGCAUGUGAACACUUUGUAUGUAUUUUUUAUCAUGUGUAAUAUAUCUCUUGAAAAUUUUAAUCUGAUAUUACUUGUGUUGACUGUAGUUACGGGAAUGUUUUAAAUAAAUGAAGACUGAGGCUUUUUUAAAAGUCUUUGAUCUUGGGGCUAAACAUUUAAAUUGACCAAGAAUAUAAAGCGAGUCUACUUAGAUAAAUAUUAUAAAUAGGCUUAAUUACCAUACAAGUGCGUUACCUUUAUACCAGUGAAAAGGGAUUUAAUAAAUUUUUUAAUGCAU